AAGUUUGAUCGCCUGUCCGGAAGUUGUGAGAAUAAAUUCAAGCUUUUCUCUAUGUCAAAUGAAGACUAAAAUGAAGAAGACGUUUCUUUUGAAUUUGGUUAUCAAUAGAUCUUAUUUUUUACUUUGCUUUUCAUGGAGUGUCUCCUCCGAUAUAUCCGCGCAAUCAACCCCAAUCAAAGAAGUGAUCUUUGAUUCAAGCAAACAGAUCAGUCUAUGGACGUCCUCUCCACCAAAAGCUUGGCAAAAAACAGACAUGCGGCUUGGCAAGGAUUAUAUACACUCUGUCUACCAAGCUUGUAACCCAAAUUUCAAUAAUAAUCCCAAAACAUUAUGGACCAAUUGGAUACCCAAACAAGAUGCCCAUGAGCUUCUCCUGGACCUUAGUUUUGCUCAAGAGGACCAGCAACCUGUUUAUAUUUAUGUCCAAAGAUCUGACCAACCUCGGGAUCAAUACUUUGGGAGACCACGGGAAGCCGUUCAUGAGAUCACAGCCCAACAUCAAUUUCCAAAAGGAGCUUUUCCUCAGGAUAAGGACCUGUACCAUGCUCAGGGUCUUCAUUUAGGGAAGAUCUCUCAGAAUGGCUUUCACCUAGGGUUUUCUUACAGCGGAGAGUGCAUCUUCAUUGCUUCUGUCCAGGUAUUCUUCAUGAAGUGUCCAACAUUUGCAUGGAACAAAAUGGAGUUUGAGGAAACACCAGCAGGAUCAGGGUUUAGAAAGGGAGUAUGUGUAAGUAGUGCAGUGGAGGUCUCUGCCCCAAUGAUGAAGUGUCAAUCAAAUGGUACAUGGGGUCCGCCUUUGGGAUUAUGUGCCUGUGAUGCAGGAUACCAGGCAGAGGGAAACAGUUGCAAAGCUUGUAGGUUGGGCAGCUACAAACCAGCAAAUGAAAGUGGAGGAUGUAUGCCUUGUCCUCCCAGAAGUAAAACACACAGAGAAGGUGCAUUUCAGUGUGACUGUGAACAGGGAUAUGAACGCCUGCAGAGUGACCCUCCCCAGCUGGGAUGCACAAGACCUCCGUCAUCCCCGGUCAAUUUAACCUCCCAGCACUUGGGUGACACUGUUGUGACUCUACAUUGGGCUCCACCUGCAGACCUGGGUGGAAGAGCAGAGGUGGAAUAUGACGUGCUGUGUAAACAGAGACAAGAUGCAUCUGUGGGUCAGUGGGUUCCAUGUGAGAGCAAAGUGUUGAUUCUUCCUUCUGCCGUUGGACUGAAACACACAGCAGUCAAUAUUACCAGAAUGAAGCCUGAACUGGAUUAUCAUCUGUCUGUCACAGCACGCAAUGCUAUAUCUACUAAACUUGGAUUUGAUCACUCCAUACAGUCAGUUAUCAUCUACAAAUGGAGAGCUCCAAUCAGUAUAUUGCCCAGUCCUGGUCUCAUAACCCAUUCCAAACAGGUGCUCUCUCCUGGUCUAAUUGCUGCUCUGUUGUGUGGUGUCCUGUUUCCUUUCAUUCUCGUAGCUGCUAUAUUCUUCUUUGUAAGGCAUCGCCACAGAAAGCUCAGUGAGGAUGAGCAAAUGGUGUUCAUAUCCCACACUGGUGUGACAUUUCGACGUACUGACGAACCAGAACACACAGCUCAACCUGAGCAAAUCAUUAGCUCAGUUCAGAUGUUGGAAGGAGCGAGUUGUAGACUGCUGUGUGGUCUUAGAGAUGUGCUGGUGGAGCGUACUAAACUAACGAUGGGCAAAGAGCUUGGGAAAGGAGAAUUUGGGGCAGUAUAUGAGGGCAUAUUUUCUCCUCAAGGAGGAGAAGACAUCAAAGUGGCAGUAAAAACUAUGAGAGUUGGAAUCAACAGUCAAGGGGAUCUGGAAUCCUUUCUCAAGGAGGCAGAAAUUAUGCAACAUUUCGAUCACGACAAUGUAGUUAAAUUGCUUGGUGUUGCACUAGAGCGAGAUCCGGAGUCCUCCAUUCCUGUACCACUUGUAAUUCUUCCAUUCAUGAAACAUGGAGACCUACGCCGUUUUCUUAUUGCCACCCGCUAUGGUGAUAUUCCCAUGUUUGUGCCUUAUCAGAGUCUUCUGCGUUUCAUGAUUGACAUUUCUGCAGGAAUGGAGUAUCUCAGCUCCCAGGGUUUCCUACACAGAGACUUGGCUGCUCGCAAUUGCAUGUUGGGGGAUGACCUGCGUGUGUGUGUAGCUGACUUUGGCCUGUCUAAGAAGAUCUAUUCCAGAAACUACUACAGGCAGAAAGUGGCUGUUAGAAUGCCUGUUAAGUGGAUGGCCAUAGAGAGUCUGUCUGAGUCCGUUUACACCACCAAGAGUGAUGUGUGGUCUUUUGGAAUAACCAUGUGGGAGAUCACAUCUAGGGGGAGAACACCUUAUCCGGGUGUCCCCAAUCAUGAACUCUUGGACUUGCUGGAAUGUGGACACCGUCUCAAACAGGGGGAAAAUAACAGCAAAUUAUAUGAGGUUAUGUUGAGCUGCUGGCACAGAGAUCCCUCUCAGAGGCCAUGUUUUGGAGAGCUAGGCCAGAGACUCAAAGCUCUUCUGUCUGAGCUUCCUCCUCUGGAGGCCAGCAAGGAGGCCCAUUACAUCAACCAGGGCCUAGAGGUGGCCACCGAUCACCAAGAUGGUGCAGAGGCCCUGGAUCUUGAAGAAGAGGGAGUUGUAAACAACAUAUAUCUACCUGAACCUUUUGGCGGAUUCAAGACCUAUUCCAGAUCAGAGGAGGAGAAAGAAGAGGGGGGAUACCUGCUGUGCAAUAAAACUGAAUGAUAACGUGGGCCAUGUUAGGCCUCUGUUUGUACUUAUCAUUUUAAUUAAAGUAUUAGGGAAGGAUGUUGUCACAAGGGCUAUAUGUUAGUAACAUAAUUUUUGGAUCAAAAAUCAAAUUACAAAAAUGCUUGUUCAUCACUAGCAUCACUUUAAAACACCUAGAUGAAAACUGUCUUAAAUGAGAAUAUUUUUUUAGUAAAUUCUAUCCUCCAAGCUAUAAAAUUCCAAUAUCAUAUUUUUUAUAAUAACUCUUGGGUAAACAAAGGAAAAACAAUUCACCCUUGUCUUUUGUUCAUAUUGGAUUAACACUCGUACUGUUCCUGGACAAAAAUGACUAUGUGUAAUCUGUGUUUUCCAAAAUACACAAUAACACAUUUAUUGAAAAUGUUUGUUCGUCACACUUCUGAAUUAACGGCUUUCAUAGUUUUAUGCAGUUAAGCAUUUUUAGGGGAACUUUAUAGAUUGAGAACUCAAUUAGCUCAAAUUGCACCAUACAUUAUAUAUAUAUAAAUAAGCACUUUUGUUUUACCUUUAAUUCAGUAAAAGGCAAAGUUGAAAAUGCUGCUAUGAGUCAUGCAUUAGGAGUGUCUGCUGCCAUCUGCUGGAAAAAAAAAACAUUACAAAAAUUUGACAAUAUCAUAUCAAUAUCAGCAAUGUCAAGUAUAGCCUAUAGGUGGCCUCAGAGUUCCCCUUGUUGUGGAAUAGACCUUUUUCACACUCUGAGUUUUUGAAUGCGAAGUAUAUAUAUA